GCCACCAUGCCAGGCUAAUUUUGAAUUUCCUUGUACAGAUGGGCUUGGUGGUGCACACCUAUAGUCCCAGGUUCCUGUAGGCACCUAUAGUGCCUGGUACCUAUAGUCCCAGCUAUGUUGACCAGGCUGGCCUCAUACUCCUGGGCUCAAGCAGUCUGCCCACCUCAGCUUCCUAAAGUGCUAGGAUUACUGGUGUGAGCCACUGCUCCUGGCCCUUCCUUAUUUUUGAUGGAACCUAAAACAUGAUGGUGUGAUUCUGCAUGGAACUAUUCAGGCAGAAGAGUAAACACAACAUCGUAAUUGAUGCUGACAAACAGUAAAGGGAACAAACAGCACUUCUGUCUUAAAACACAGCCACAUUGAGCUGUUGCUGAAGUUUACUAUACAACUGGGAGAUGAACUGAAGUUAUUUAGUUAAGCGAACCAUUUAGAUAAACGAUCAAUCUUACUAUUCUGGCUAAAUUAUUGGGCCUAAAGAAGAUAAUUGUUAGCAUUCUAAGUUUCUGUGUAGAUUCUUUAAUGCUAGCUUUGAAAUGCAAUCACAUUUCAGUGGAAAUAGAGGCAUAACCUAAAUUUCUAACCAAUUAAAAAAUACUUAAGUGGUAGGCAUGAGUGGGUAGAAGGAUAUUUAGCCAAACAAUCCUUACUGGGGGAAAAUAGGUAGGUAGAAUUCUAGCCAAUACUUCAAAAAUGUGGAAGUAUUUACACAAAGUAGUCCUUAGUUGGGGGAUGCUAGAGUACACUUAUUAAAUUUGCUUUUGGCGCAGAGGCCCACGCCUAUAAUCCCAACACUUUGGAAGGCCAAAGUGGGAGGAUCUUUUGAGGUCAGGAGUUUGAGACCAGCCUACGGAAGACAACCAGACCCUGCAUCUACAAAACAACAACAACAAAAAUCUAGCCAGGCCUAGUGAUGCAUAUCUAUAGUCCCAGCUAUCCUGGGACUACCCUGGGAGGCUGAUGCCAGAGGAGCCUUUGAGUUCAAAGAUGCAGUGAGCUGUGAUUGGCCAUUGCAUUCCAGCCUGGUCAAGAGAGCAAGACCUUGUCUCUACAAACAGGAAAAAAUUUUUUGCUUUAUUUUGAAAUGGUUUUAUACUAGUUAGCGCUGAUAAAAGUAUCCGGGUCUAAAGGAAAAUUAGGAAGGAAAGAGUUUCAAAGGAAAAGGGGUCAAAAUAUAAAUGAUGUUUAUAAAUCUUUGCAUUAGAUCUAGAUGAUGAAAGGUUUUUGUCUCAGGUACAAGGAUGACCAUAUGUAUAUGCAGUUAAUAUCAUGAUUAAUCCCCAAAGCUUUCUCAUUAGGUAACAACUAAGGAAAUGUUAAUAGGUUAAAGUUUUGAAUGUUAAAUUCUUAAUAUGUAGCAAAUUAGUAUAUUAUGAAAAGAGUUCUUAAGUUUAAUGAAAGCAGCUUCCCACUGCCUGUACUUGUUCAACCUGCAGUAUUCUUUAAUUGCAUGGUUCCUAAUUGAUUAGGAAUGCAAGUCCUAGAACACAGUUAUAUUUUAAGUGCCGACUUGAGCUCUUCAGGAUAUAAAAUGUAACAUUCUGCAUAUUUAUGAUGUAAUAUUUAAUAUGAAACCAUAGAACAUAUGAGAUUUAAAAGUUGCCAAUGGGUAUUAAAACCCCUUUUGUUAUGAGUAGUGAUUAGUAAAAAUAUAUUUCAAAAUACCUCUGUAUUAAAUAAUACGCUAAUAUUCAUAAAGUUGGUAUCACUAUGAAAUUUGGCUGUGACUUACACAUCUUCAGUUCUUUUUUUUUAAUGGGCCAGUAUCUGUAUUAAGUAAAAACCUAAUUUAGGGGUAGCUACCUCCUAUUUUCAUAUCAUCCUAAAUGCAGUGUCUACAGAGCUUAUGUUCAAGUCUUUAAUAGUGUGUUUGUGAUGUGUUCUGAACAGAGAUUUCAAAGUAAAUAUAAAAGAAAUAUGUAAGAUGCAUCUAAGCAAUUAUUAGAAAAUCUGAAAUCACUAAGGAAGAGGCCAAGGAAUUCUUAUAAAUCAAAUAAAUAAUGUAAGAUACCACCUAUUUGAAAUCUGUUUCAGUUGCCAUUUUGAGCUACAUGGUUGAAACAGUUGGAAAGAUUGAGACCUUGACGUUGUUGUAAUACUUUUAAGGAAGGUGAAGUACAUUGCAGAUACACAGUGCACAUAUUAGAUAUUCAUUCUAAAAACUUCUAAUUUACAGACCUGAGAAGAAGCCAGUAAGUCAGGUACCAUAAAUAAUGGAUUCUUUGAAACUGGCUCUUCAGAAGAGGUGAUUGCAGGAGUGUGAAGCUGGCUCUGAGGUUAAAUCUUUAUGAGUAAGGAAUACCUUUACUUUGAGGUAUUAAUGGCUCAGCUCUGGGAUAUGAAACUAUUGAAGUAUUUUUAAGCAAUCAGCAUUCGAAUCAAAGAGUGAGAUAUAAUCUGACCUCUUAAAAUCACAAAAUCAGCCUGGGCAUUAGAUAAUGCCUUUCAGUUUAAUCACCCGCUGCUUAGAUUCUGGAAAAUGUUGCUGUAUAAAACACAAAGUAUGAAUAGAAGUAUAUGGUAACUGACAAACUUCCUUUUGUUAUAUAGUGUGGUAACAUGAUUAGAACAUUAGAAUAGUAACGGCACGAUUGUGACUUUGGUCCCAGUUUGUGAUUUGGGGCCUCAGUUUCUUUACAUUUUUAAAAGAGUGGACUAAACAAAGGUUAUUCUUUCAAAAGACCCUUUACUACGUGUCCUUGUCUACGUUGCCAAAAUAUUGGACUUGUCCAUGACCAUACAGGUGGGGAUGAAGGCCAUUAUUUGGAUUAUUUUUCUCAAGAAUUUCCAGCAAUAUGUUCUUUGUAGAUAAAGAAUUACAUAUUUGUAGAGCUCUAAGCGCUCUUAAAGCUUUUGCCCAACUCCUUCCUUUCCUAAAGGAAACAGAAGCUACAGAAGUAGCCUCUCUGUUAUUACCUAGCAGCAACCUCCUGUCUUUAAAGAUUUAAACUAAACACAUUUUACAUUUUAAUGAAUUUAAUUUACAAUGUGAUGUCCAGUAUUGGGAUUGCAUACUAUGUCUUAAAACUUCUGAGAACUGUUAGCUCUGAUAAAUCAAAUUUCUUGUUGGGAUUAAGACUGCAAGUUAAAAAAAAAAAAGAACCUUAGUUUGGAGGAACCUUAAAGGUCAUGUCAACUGAAAAAAUAGGAAAUGAAUGGGUAGUGAACGACAUGAACAUGCUAACAGAGAUUGCUUUCCCCAGGUGGAGAGACUCCACAGUCUGGCAGGGACUUUUUGCCCUAUUAAAAAAUAUAGCUAACACCCGUUUGGUGUUCUCUUUGGAUGACAAGAGGGAUCUGUCCUUUUAGUGUCUUCUCCCCCAACCCCCUCACACCUGUGAGGGUUCUUUGACGUUGAGCGUGCACAACCUGCUGCCAGUCCGCGGUUCCCAAGUGCCCGCUCCGCCAGCUCUCAGGGGAGUUGUGCGCGGUGGCUACAGCCUGUUGAUCCCAUUUCCUCCUGCUCUAGUGCGGGCUAGGGAGUGGCUCUGCCAGGACUUCCAAGGCUUUUUGUCUUGGUUAUUGGUGUUCUCAGGGCCGGAGUGUAUUGUUUUCUUCCAGGCAGUCUGGGUUAGCGCCUCAGCUUAGACAGUUCUUGUGAAUUCUGUCGUCUUGGGCUGCGUGUAGUCCCUUGUUUCUGUGCUUGCUUCACGCCCUGCCCAGUUUCCUGUAGCCGAUGGGGAUGGCUCUUUCUGGACGAAAAGUGCUCAGAGUGGAGCUGAACCUCCCGGAAAAUGCUCUUCUCUUCCGUGUGCGCCGGAUGGGGGUGGGGGUGGGCCACAAACUCAAUGCCGCUGUCGGGAGAGCUAAGAGGACCUGACUCCCGGGCGGAGGCGGGAGAGGAGUCGGAGAGGAUGGCUGGGGCCGGAGGCCAGCACCACCCUCCGGGCGCUGCUGGAGGAGCAGCCGCCGGGGCCGGCGCCGCGGUCACCGCCGCUGCUGCCUCGGCGGGGCCGGGAGAGGAUUCUUCUGACAGCGAAGCGGAGCAAGAGGGACCCCAGAAACUGAUCCGCAAGGUGUCCACCUCGGGGCAGAUCCGGACCAAGACCAGUAUUAAAGAGGGACAGCUACUGAAGCAAACCAGUUCUUUCCAAAGGUGGAAAAAGCGAUACUUCAAACUUCGAGGCCGCACCCUUUACUAUGCAAAGGACUCAAAGUCUCUGAUAUUUGAUGAAGUUGACCUCUCAGAUGCUAGUGUAGCUGAAGCAAGCACGAAAAAUGCUAACAACAGCUUCACGAUCAUCACUCCAUUCAGAAGGCUAAUGCUGUGUGCUGAGAACAGAAAGGAGAUGGAAGAUUGGAUCAGCUCACUGAAGUCUGUACAGACCAGAGAACCUUAUGAGGUGGCCCAGUUUAAUGUGGAACAUUUCUCAGGGAUGCACAACUGGUACGCCUGCUCCCAUGCCCGACCCACCUUCUGUAACGUGUGCAGAGAAAGUCUUUCUGGAGUCACCUCCCACGGCCUGUCCUGCGAAGUGUGUAAAUUCAAGGCUCACAAAAGAUGUGCAGUGAGAGCAACAAAUAACUGUAAAUGGACUACCCUGGCCUCCAUCGGGAAGGAUAUUAUAGAAGACGAAGAUGGCCUCGCGAUGCCUCACCAGUGGCUCGAGGGCAACCUGCCUGUGAGUGCCAAGUGUGCCGUCUGCGACAAAACAUGUGGCAGUGUUCUCCGUCUACAGGAUUGGAAAUGCCUUUGGUGUAAGACAAUGGUACACACUGCCUGCAAAGAUUUAUACCAUCCAAUAUGUCCACUUGGCCAAUGUAAAGUAUCUAUCAUACCUCCAAUUGCGCUAAACAGCACCGAUUCCGAUGGUUUCUGUAGAGCAACGUUUUCCUUCUGUGUUAGUCCUCUGUUGGUUUUUGUCAAUUCUAAGAGUGGAGAUAAUCAGGGAGUAAAGUUCCUUCGUCGCUUUAAACAGUUGCUAAAUCCGGCUCAGGUGUUUGAUUUAAUGAAUGGAGGUCCUCAUUUAGGUUUAAGAUUAUUUCAGAAGUUUGACAAUUUCCGGAUUCUUGUUUGUGGAGGCGAUGGAAGUGUAGGUUGGGUUUUGUCAGAAAUUGAUAAGCUCAACUUGAAUAAACAGUGUCAGCUGGGAGUGUUGCCGUUGGGUACAGGAAAUGACCUUGCACGAGUUCUUGGCUGGGGAGGUUCAUAUGAUGAUGACACCCAACUUCCUCAGAUCCUAGAGAAAUUGGAACGAGCCAGUACCAAAAUGUUGGACAGGUGGAGUAUAAUGACAUAUGAACUCAAAUUGCCACCAAAAGCUUCCCUACUUCCAGGACCUCCAGAAGCAUCUGAAGAAUUUUAUAUGACAAUUUAUGAAGACUCAGUUGCAACGCAUCUUACAAAAAUCCUCAAUUCUGAUGAACAAGCAGUGGUCAUAUCAUCUGCCAAGACACUAUGUGAAACUGUGAAGGACUUCGUUGCCAAAGUAGAGAAGACGUACGACAAAACCUUGGAAAAUGCGGUUGUAGCUGAUGCCGUGGCCAGUAAAUGUUCAGUCCUCAACGAGAAGCUUGAACAACUGCUGCAGGCUUUGCACACAGAUUCUGAGGCUGCACAUGUUCUCCCAGGCCUCAGCCCUCUCAUUGUGGAAGAAGAUGCUGUGGAAUCAUCCAGUGAAGAGUCCCUUGGUGAAAGCAAAGAACAGCUCGUGGAUGACGUUACAAAACCAUCCUCCCAGAAAGCCGUCAAACCGAGGGAAAUCAUGUUGCGGGCAAAUAGUUUAAAGAAAGCAGUGAGGCAAGUCAUUGAGGAAGCUGGAAAAGUUAUGGAUGACCCGACAGUUCACCCUUGUGAACCAGCUAAUCAGUCCUCUGAUUACGACAGCACAGAAACAGAUGAGUCUAAGGAGGAAACUAAAGAGGAUGGUGCCAAAGAAUCAUUAACUGUUAAAACUGCACCUCGGUCUCCAGAUGCCCGGGCAAGUCAUGGCCAUUCUCAACCUGAUUCUCUCCCUGGUCCAGCUGUGGCAGCCAGCAAAGAAAACCUCCCUGUGCUCAAUACCAGAAUAAUAUGCCCAGGUUUAAGAGCAGGACUAGCUGCCUCAAUUGCUGGGAGUUCAAUUAUCAACAAAAUGUUACUAGCAAACAUUGACCCUUUUGGUGCCACCCCAUUUAUUGAUCCAGAUCCAGAUUCCGUAGAUGGAUAUUCAGAAAAAUGUGUCAUGAACAAUUACUUUGGGAUUGGAUUAGAUGCAAAAAUUUCAUUAGAAUUUAACAAUAAAAGAGAGGAGCACCCUGAAAAAUGCAGGAGCCGAACUAAAAACUUGAUGUGGUAUGGAGUCCUUGGAACCCGGGAGUUACUACAGAGAUCAUACAAGAAUUUAGAACAAAGGGUUCAACUCGAGUGUGAUGGGCAGUAUAUUCCUCUUCCCAGCUUGCAAGGCAUAGCCGUGUUGAACAUCCCCAGCUAUGCCGGAGGGACUAACUUUUGGGGUGGAACUAAAGAGGAUGAUAUAUUUGCUGCACCAUCAUUUGAUGACAAGAUCCUGGAAGUUGUAGCAAUAUUUGAUAGCAUGCAAAUGGCAGUUUCAAGGGUCAUUAAGCUGCAGCAUCAUCGAAUAGCCCAGUGCCGUACAGUAAAAAUCACUAUAUUUGGCGAUGAAGGAGUCCCAGUGCAAGUGGAUGGUGAAGCAUGGGUUCAGCCUCCAGGGAUUAUUAAAAUUGUGCACAAAAACAGAGCACAAAUGCUAACAAGGGACAGAGCCUUUGAGAGCACUCUGAAAUCUUGGGAAGAUAAGCAGAAGUGUGAUUCUGGUAAACCAGUUCUCCGAACCCACUUGUACAUCCAUCAUGCCAUUGACUUGGCAACAGAAGAGGUGUUACAGAUGCAGCUGUGCUCCCAGGCUGCAGAGGAGCUCAUUACUAGAAUUUGUGACGCAGCCACAAUUCACUGUCUUUUGGAGCAAGAGCUGGCCCAUGCUGUGAAUGCCUGCUCCCAUGCCCUGAAUAAAGCCAACCCAAGGUGCCCGGAGAGUCUUACAAGAGAUACCGCCACCGAAAUAGCCAUCAAUGUGAAGGCACUGUAUAAUGAAACAGAAUCUUUGCUAGUUGGCAGGGUUCCUUUGCAGCUGGAAUCACCACAUGAAGAGCGCGUAUCCAAUGCCCUACACUCUGUGGAGGUGGAAUUACAGAAACUAACAGAGAUUCCGUGGCUUUAUUAUAUCUUACACCCAAAUGAGGAUGAGGAACCUCCUAUCGAUUGCACCAAAAGAAGCAACAGAAGCACAGUAUUUCGAAUAGUGCCAAAGUUUAAAAAGGAAAAGCUUCAGAAGCAGAAGACAAGUUCACAGCCUGUUCAGAAAUGGGGCACAGAGGAAGUUGCUGCUUGGCUGGAUCUGCUCAAUUUGGGAGAGUACAAAGAUAUCUUCAUCCGUCAUGACAUCAGAGGGGCUGAACUUUUGCAUCUGGAAAGACGAGAUCUUAAGGACCUGGGGAUACCGAAAGUGGGCCAUGUGAAGCGAAUUCUCCAGGGAAUUAAAGAGCUCGAAAGGAGCACUCCACAGUCGGAGGUGUGAUCAUAUUGGUGCUAUUCCUUGGAAGAGAAGUAAUUGCCACUUAAUACAAAGUCCUUAGAAGCAAGUGGCUGUCCUUGUACUUUUCUGCAUAGAUAAGUAAGCACCACUGAAGCACCUCUGUGGCUUGAUAUUUUGCUGUGGGUGAAAUUUUGAUUUGAGGUAUUAGAAAACAUUUUUGUGCCAAAAAAUACAUUCCACAAAGCCAUUUUCUUAUUGUGCAAACCUGACAUGUUCAAAUAUAUUCACCAAAGUAAUAAGGUAGGAGGAAUCUGAGAUGAUUGCAUUGUCUAAAAUGUGGAAUUGCAAAGUUCACUUUCCUUAGAUCUGGUCUGAUGGAAUGUUCUUACUGUGCAACUGCAUAACAAUAUGUGGUUAAAACUUCCAGGGUUUCAUUAUUGGAGGCAUUGGCCAUUUUCUUAAAAUCAUAGGUUAGGAGACUAAAAUAUAAAUUAAGUUGUGUUUUGAAUGUAGGUUGGUAUCACCUCCGACUCCUAGUGCUUAGUGGUCAAAGAAUAUGUCGAAAACCGGUCAGAUAUUAUGAAUGAAUGCAAAUCUUAAUGCACGAUGUUCCUGCCUGAAAUGUCUUUCUUUUUCUUGCAUGUCACAUCUAAUAUUGUAACACCUUAAUAGCUUUAAUGUCAGUUUUAAUGGGAUUUAAUUUAUUACUAAAGUACAUUUUUGUUGGCUAAGGGCACUGCACUUUUCUGUUUUUUAAUGUGGAAUUUUGUGUAAAUAUUCUGUACCUAAGACUUUGUGAACAUAUGUCUGUGCCAUAAUCAACAAAUGAUAUACAUUUUAUGCAGAUCAAUUUUAUUUCAAUCUGUCAUAAGCAGUAGGCGUGCACAUUAAGAAAAUUCUCUGGGUAUUUUCAUAAAAUUACAUGUUCCUUUACCUGACAAAUUUGUUGCAGCUUUCCAAACCAAAAUUUCCACAUUUUGUUUCUAAUUUUAAAUUUCAAUUUAAUAAUUAUUUAAUAUUCUAUUUGAAUUUAUAAUAGACUGUUGAUAUCCAGAAAUUCUCUGAGGUCCCAACUGAGAUUUAUAUACUGAUGGACAACCCAGACUUACCCACUGUCUACAAUGUCUUCUGACACGUACUUCCCAACAGAAGGGAUUUAAAUUUUUUUCUAGUUGCUAUUAUUAUCUCACUUAAUUCUUAAUUCCUGUCAGGUGGAUAUUAUUUUCCUUUUUCUAAACCACUCUACUUCACUGUAGCUUAUUAGAAGUCAACAUUACAAUGAUCAAAUCUUUGAAAGCCAAAGGCAUACGUAUCAAAAAGUUACAAAAAUAUCCUUAAAUAAGUUUUCUUUAGCCAUUAUAUACCAAAAUAUAAAUUAUAAUAUUUGAAAGUAUUAUAUGUAAGAGAAACAAAUAGGGUACUGACUCAGUGGUGGCAAUUUUCAUAAAGUAGCCUGCUAGGUGCUUAAUAGAUAUAUACACACACAGAUAUAUACAUAUACACAUAUGUGUAUAUAUACAUACAUACACAUAUACAUUUAUAUGUAUAUAUACACCUACAUAUAUAUAAUCUUGAGAUAUAGCAUCAUUGAUAUUUUCUGGACAAUUAUUUCCCCAGUGUUUAAAGAGAAAUACUAAUAGAGCAAUUAAAAUGAACUAUUGUCAGGCAUAUUAUUUAAUUACAUGAAAGGAGUUUAUUUGACGCUUUUGUUUAUAACUUGGGUAUUAAACUACUAAUAAAAAUCACAAAAUCUG